CAACAAGAUUUCAAACGGAAGCAAAGAUAAGCUACGUAACUGCAGUUCGAGUUCGCUUUCACUCUUAUUUGUUGGAGCUGUUACUGCAAUUCAAGUCACUUCAAAAACAUCAUGUACAAAUGUUACUUCGGUUUGGGUUUCUUUGCUGGCGUGAUAGCCUUGGCAUUUGCAGACGACUUCGCGACUGCCCGAGAAGAGAUCGAUAAAGUGAAGCCCAACAUUAACUACAACACUUUCUGCGCUGAGACGUCUGAAGGAGAAGACAAGAUUGCUUGCCGUAUGAAGAGUGUAUCCAGCGUAGGCUUUCUUGUCUGCCAGAGGCCAUUGUUCGGAGAGAAAAAUUGCUCGACAAUUAUUGACGAAGAGAUCGAUAACUUGCAGAGAGUCCAUAAAGAAGGCAACGUUGCGAUAGUCCAGAUAUCGCCUCCUCCGAUCGAUGAUGUCAGAUGUGGAAAAGAAUCUAGUCUAAACUGCACUGGUUUUCUUGAACACUGGGUGGAUCGUAAAGAGGGACAAUUCAAGCAGGUUCGAGACCAUAUUUCUGACAAUAAAAUACAAGAUCUGAUUGAGGCCGUAAAAAAUUUCACCAUUACAGCUGGAUUAGCGACAACAGCCGCUGAUCUGUCAAAAAUCAAGAGUUACAUGAUGGAGAAUCCAAAGGAAAACCAUUAUCGUCAGAUAUGCGACCUUCAAGGAUUUUUCAUGGUAAGUGGAGGCUUUUUAGUAAACGAUGUCCCUGACAUACUGACAGGCGUGGGCCUUGACGGAGUUUGCUGGGAUGGCGAACCAACCACAGAGCAAGUUCUCAAAGCUUUGGAUGAUAUGAUUUCCGCUUUUGGCCCAAAAAACGACAUCGUCGGUAACAGAAAUGGAGAUCUCAAAACCACCGAGCCCCAUGUAAAUAUAAAAAUCAUGCUAAUCAUAAAUGUUGUUUAUUGCAUUUUUGCCCCUUGAUAAAUAAAAUGGUUUGACAAAGGGAAAGUUAGAACACACGCACCGCGUAGCUUUCAGUGAUUGUGACUACUUUAGAAACGAGAGGGGCUUGGUUACGAGUUGUUUCAUUAGUUUGCAAUAUGUCAUUACACUGUAAUUUGGACAAAUCAAAAAAGAUGGCGUAUGGACCAAAGGAAAAUUGUAGAAUUUGAGAAAUUAUGGGGCACACACCGAUAGCUUAAUAUGACAUUUUGCUAGGAUUAUUUGUCCAUUAAUUUGAAUUAGUUAGGUUUGCUUUUACCGGCGUAAUUUGAUUUUUCAGCGUGUUACUAACUUAGUGAUUGAUUUAAAUUGUGGAGGGGGGGAGAAGGUUGUUUGUCAGACAAGUCUUUUUGUGAAGUUGCCAAAAUAUUCAUAUUUAGAGGUAUGAAGGAGUGUUACCCUGUUCGAUCUCGUUCCGAGUGUAAUUUCAAUAUUCUGCCGCCAAUAAUAAAAAGAACCUGAAGUCACUGA